GUGGAGAGGCGAAGGCGGCGGCGGCGCGCGGCAGAGAUGCGGGGGCCGUGGUGCGCGCUGCUGUGCUGCUGCUGGCUGUGGCUGCCGGCCGCGGGGGCGGGCGGGGGCGGCGGGGGCCGCGUGCUGGCCGGCGAGCCGGUCGACAUCUCCGAGUUCCCGUGGCAGGUGUCCGUGGAGUACGUGGGCGCGCACCGCUGCGGCGGCUCCGUCGUCAGCGCCGCCUGGGUGAUGACGAACGCAUGGUGCGUCGUGGGCGGCGAGCCCCUGUACUACCUGCUGCGCGUCGGCUCCUCGACCCGAGGCAGCGGCGGAGACACCUACAACGCCAGCCGGCUGCUCUGGCACCCGGACUUCGACAACGCCAUCUCCGACAAAGACAUCGGCUUCUUCGAGGUCUCGGUUGCCAUCUCGUUCAGUGACAACGUUCAGCCGGUGGCGCUGGCGGAGGAGGAGCCGUUGGCGGGCAGCCAGGUGACGGUGUCGGGCUGGGGCAGCGUCGACGCGGGCCAGGAGUACCCGCUGCAGCUGCACGCCGUCAACACGACCGUGCUGGACCGCGACGCGUGCAACGCCACGUUCCAGGGCCAGCUCAUCACCGACGACAAGAUCUGCACGGCCGGGCCCGACGGCGGGCUCGACUACUGCAACGGCGACUACGGCGGCCCGCUGGUCGCCGGCGGCACGCAGUACGGCGUCGUCUCCUGGGGCUACGGCUGCUACUACCCGCAGUACCCGGGCGUCUACACCAACGUCGCCUCGCUGCGCUCCUGGAUCAACGGCACCGUCGGCGUCUAGCCCGAUCUCCUCUUCCCGCCUUUCCGCGUUCACAAAUUUACCUCGCCUUUCCAAACGCGUGCACGUACGCGGAUGUCGGCGAGUACAGUUUACGACGUAUUAGUUCGACUGUAUCUAAAUGUUUUACUGUACUUUUUAAAAUUCCUCCGCCGGUCAACACUCGUAGCGAAAUAAAAGAAACGCAGCGUUUUUCCUCAGAGAUAUAUUUAUCGAGAGGGCGCAGCCACUGUGGAGUCUGCGAGUGGCACAGUUAGAGUAGGUUCUCUGAGAAACGAAAAGAAGAUGUAUAUCGCGUGUCACCACAUUAGCAAUAAACUAAUGUAAUAUAUGUGUCUCAUGUAUAAUUCUGCAGUCUGGAAGUUAUUAAAUAUCUACAAUUCACGAAAGUGAAGUGAGUCAUUUAGUGUCAUUUAGUGUUACGUUCUUACUCGACACCAGAGAUCAGGGACUUACCAAAACGGUAACUCACUAAAUUUCGUCGAGUACCUCUCGUAAUCAAGAAGGGCUUUUAUCGUACUAUAGUUUUUGUGGGACCAAUAUUUUUAAACGCGGAGAAUUCGGCAAACAAACGCACUUGUUGGUUGUUGUUUACAGGAAGGUUUGCAUCAUAUUCAGUGUUACAUAAAAACGACUAAGUGGAUCCUUGGAAAUUCGAAGUAAAAAAUUUUGGAAUCAGAGGAUAUUGAGAUAUCCACAAAUUAACGCUUACAACGUCUACCACGGUUAAAUAGAUACGUUAACGUCAUUUAAUUCUUAUUUCUGUAAAAUGCAACACUCGCCAAAAUGCUGCUUAUAAUGCAGAAUUGUCUACCAUACACUAAAGCAUAACUGUUUCGAAUUAUGCAACGAGUUUCGCCUUUAUAAUGUAUGUAAUGAACUGUAAUUUAAAGAGUAAAUAAUUUCACGUUUC